CAAAGGCGCGCGUCCGUCUCUCCCGCCCUCUCAGGCUCCCUCCGUUCCUCCCACCGUGCCAGCUGCCUUCCGCCCUGCUCGCUUCUCCUAGAGCUGCUGCUGCCGCUGCUGCAUCUCGCCUCCGACAAGAGGAUCAGCUUUUGCUAUGGGCUUUAGGAAGGGGUGAAUUAUCUAGGUGGGAUGCCCCGGCUUCAGCACUCUCUGGUUCUCCACAGAAACUAUUGCUGAAGAGGCAGGGAUGAAACCAGUCAAGGACGGCAUCAGACAAGUACAACCUAUUCCCUAUGUGAUUAUCUUUUAGUAUGGAAAAUACCGUGAAGACUGAAGUUACUGCAUUUUGCUAAGGAGUGCUUUGCAUUUGAAAACAUUGGUUUUCGCCUUUACAGCUUUUCGUUUUGUAGCCUGCGUCUGUUUGAGAGGAGGACGGUCCUCGUUACACCUUCCUUGAUCUCUGCUUUCCAUAUAUUUUAAGGUGCAUUGGGAUAUAUCUAUUACCUUCCCAGGUUUCAAGCUAAUUGGAAUGACUUUGCCACAUUAGAAUGAUAUUUCUUCAGUGGAAAGCAAAAUUGUUCUUCUGCAAAUAAAAUGGGAAAAUUUGUAGUAGACACCACUAGUCCAGAAAACAGCAAUUCACGCUGUGGAUGAGAUAUCGUCAGUCGAAGAAGUGCACCAGGAGAGAUUAACUCACCUCAGAAAAGCACAUGAAGCAAAUCUAUCAGGAUCAGUUUCAAAGAUGGGAAUUGUCAUCUGAAUCUCAUGAGCUUCUUUCAAAUCCUGGAAUAUUCUUUUGGCAUCAUCAGUGAUGGCAAUACUUCUGACAAGAUACUGAUGGCGAAUGACUAACAGCGUAUAGAAAUUAUUGAGUCUGCUGUUAUUUCUCAUUAUAUAUGCACCUAAAUAUAUGAAUGAAAAUGAAGUUUCUCAAAGGGAGUGCUUUCUAGGAUCAACCAAGGUGAAGCAACCAAGAAAAGCCUAAGAGCUUCGUCCAUUUUACCAGGCUAGAGGAGUGCAAGGUGAUUCGUGCAAAUCAAAGGUACAGGUAACAUCCACCAAAUGCAUAAAGAAUACAAUGAAAUAAAUGACAAUAAAAAGACUCAGGAAGUCUGAUGUAUGUGAGAAUAGAUUGGAUACCAACUUGUGGCAAUCCUGUCAAAGUGGCUAGAAAGUGAUACCUUCAAUUAAUACUGUUUUGCCCAAACAGCAAGCUCUGCAAAUAUACUACACAGAAAGAAUGAAGAAAACUACCAGUGAAAAUACCUGAAGAAUGAAAAUUCUUGAAUGGCAGUUUCGUCAACUGUCUUUAAAAUAUAUUCGAAUAUGACUCACAUUGAGAAUCCAGAAUAAAAAGUGGAAUUGAUGAUAUAAGAUAUCCACUUCUGUCAGAAUAUACUAAAGUGGUGAAGGAAGAAAGGCAAUAACGAGGUACCCUCCAUCAUGUUCUGCUCAAAAUGGAUUGUAUUAAUCAGCUAGAACUGAAGAUCCACACAGUGACAAUACAGCACCACAAGAUGUCUGACCAAACGCAAGAUGUUUUGGAGCAGCAGAGAAAUCAGUGAUUCCUGAGAACUGGUCCUUCAGUCAUCAGUCAAGCCAACAUAAAACAGCAGCCAUGAGUGGAGAGGUUAAUGAUGUCAUCAUUUCUGGAUACCGUCAAGAGAAGUUCUGUGUUCUGGAUCUGCAUUAAAUGACAUGACUGUCAAGUACAUAAAAGCUUCUAUAUGUUGCAUCCAAACCACGUUCACACCACAUAUCAACAAACAAGAAUGGACUUAAAAGGAGGGGAAGAGAAAAGGGAAGAAGGACUUGUUUAGAAGGAAAGAAGAAAAGGGGAAACAAGUAAGCUGGCUGGAGAGAAAAAAAAUGAGUUUUAUGUGAUUAUUUAAGCCCUUGACAGAAUAUUCGACUACGUAAGUAAAGUCAUGCUUCACAUGGCCCUUUCAUAUUGGCAGCCAUUCCUGGGAUUGGCAGUCAUCUUAGUCUUCAUGGGAUCCACUACUGGCUGCCCAGCUCGCUGCGAAUGUUCAGCCCAGAACAAAUCUGUCAUCUGUCAUAGAAAACGCCUUAUUUCUAUUCCAGAGGGUAUACCCAUUGAAACCAGGAUAUUGGACCUCAGCAAAAACAAACUCAAAGCGAUAAAUCCUGAGGAAUUUUCUGCUUACACUCAUCUUGAAGAAAUUGAUCUUAGUGACAAUAUCAUCUCAAGUGUAGAGCCUGGAGCAUUUAAUAACCUUAAUAAUUUGCGAUAUCUUGGAUUGAAAAGCAAUCGCCUAAAACUUAUUCAGCUAGGUGUGUUUGCAGGCUUGUCUAAUCUAACAAAAUUAGAUAUAAGUGAGAACAAAAUAGUUAUAUUACUGGACUAUAUGUUCCAGGACUUACAUAAUCUGAGGUCCCUUGAAGUAGGGGACAAUGACUUGGUUUAUAUAUCACAUAGAGCCUUCAGUGGAUUGCUAAGUCUACAGCAUCUCACAUUGGAAAAAUGCAACCUAACUGUAGUUCCCACAGAUGCUCUUUCACGCCUCCACAACCUUGUCAGCCUGCGAUUAGGACAUUUGAGCAUUAAUGCAUUGCAUGCCUUUGCCUUUAAGAAGCUGUUUCAUCUGAAAUACCUGGAAAUUGACUAUUGGCCAUUUCUAGACAUGUUGCCUCCUAAUAGCCUAUAUGGACUGAACCUCACUUUCUUGUCAAUUACAAAUACCAAUUUGUCUACAAUACCUCAUACUGCUCUUAAACACCUGGUUUACCUGACACACUUAAACCUUUCAUACAAUCCCAUCAGCACUAUUGAAGCAGGAAUGUUUCUAGAUUUAGUACGGCUACAAGAGUUUCACGUAGUGGGGGCCCAGUUAAGGACAAUUGAACCACAUGCCUUUCAGGGCUUAAAGUUUCUUCAUGUUCUAAAUGUUUCCCAAAACCUUUUGGAAACUUUGGAAGAAAGUGUAUUCCAGUCUCCAAAAAGCCUUGAGUUUCUCUGCAUAGAAAACAACCCUCUUGCUUGUGACUGCCGUCUCCUUUGGAUUUUGCAACGGCAACACAGCCUCAAGUUUUGUGACCAGCAGCCAUUCUGCAUUGCACCAGACAGCAUCAAAUACAGGCUCUUCAAGGACUUCCAUAGCAAUGUCAUUUCUUUUCAUUUUACUUGCAAAAAGCCAAAAAUUCAAGAUAAGAGCAUUCAGCACCUUCAAGUCGAACAAGGGCAAACAGUGCAACUGUAUUGCAGUGCUGAGGGUGAACCAAAGCCCUUCAUAUCAUGGGAGACACCCCACAGAACAAUAGUCACUGUAAAAUCCCAUGGCAGAGCUACCGUACUGGGAGACGGAACCCUAGAAAUCAGAAUUGCUGAUGUCCAGGACAAUGGUACAUACACAUGUGUGGCAAGUAAUGCUGCUGGAAAUGAUACCCUUACAGCUACUAUAACUGUCAAAGGACUUGCUUCAGAAUUUCUGAAUACUAACAGGACUCCUAUGUAUAUGACAAACUCUAAUAGUACCAGUUCCAAUGGGACCAAUGUACAGAAUCAAACAUUUUCUUUGGACCUUAAAACAAUUCUAGUUUCCACUGCAAUGGGAUGUUUUACAUUUCUUGGUGUGGUUCUGUUUUGUUUCCUGCUACUUUUUGUGUGGAGCCGAGGGAAAGGCAAGCACAAAAACAGCAUUGACCUAGAAUAUAUUCCACGCAAAACAAAUGGAGCUGUGGUUGAGGCAGAGGUGCCAGGUCCCCGUAGGUUCAAUAUGAAAAUGAUUUAAGAGGUUACCUGUGGAUGCUUAUUUUGGCAUUUUUUAUCAGAAGUAAAUAAAUCUGGCAUAAUAUUUUGCCAGAGCAUGGCAGCUCAUAGGUCCUAACGGUAUCCAUUUACAGGAUUCUUCGAUAAUACCCUACAGCUACCAAACACUGGAAAAAAGUGGUCAGGUCCUUAGAGUACUGGUUCUGUAGUUGUCUGUACUGCAGAAAUUAUGGAUCUGGAGACCUCAACAAGAAUUUGUUGGUUCCAGUGAUAAAUAACAUUUCAGAAUUUUCUACCAUGGCAAGAAAACCUACAGUGUAGGCUUUACAUUAAAGAGACGCCUUUGUCUACAACAUGCUCUUCAGUGGAAUUUGUAUCGACCAAUAUUAUUUGUCUACGUGUUUUCAGCCUUGCACCAUUCUUUACUGUUGUGUCUGCAUUGCUAAGAAAUGAAUCUUUGUUUUCUUUUUUUUAUACUGUGUGUACAUCUUAAAGCAAUAUGAAUAGGAUGCUCUGCUUAUUUGUCCACACAUAAGAAAUAUUUUCCCAUUCCCCAUUCAUGUGCAGUAACUCUUACUCUUAAACUCCAAUCAGCUACUGUAUGUUAAUUCUCAGCUGACAGGUAUUUUUGUAAUUAUGAUGAGAAUGAAAAAAAAAAUGUUAUUUAAAUAGUACAGAGAGACCUGGCAUUGUACAUCCAUAUUCAUAAGUUAAAUGCUGUCAUGGAAAUUACGAUCCUGAUUACAAAUAUCUGUUUCUGACCCCUUUGGGCACAUAGAGAAUAAGAUAAUAUGUGUGGCUAGAGGAUCAUAUCCACCUUGAUAUACCGUAUAGCUACUUCUGGCAAAAUACGUUGCAGUGCUUUGAACUGUUUAUUGGUAAGUCAUGUCAUCAGGAAAGAUAUUACUCCUUCACAUAAUCUCACACCUGACAAGUAUGCAUCAUGCUGUGUUGAGAUGUUGCAAGGAAUUUUGAUAUCUUUUAACACCCAACAUGCUGAAUUCACAUGAAUCGGGUACCAUGGUAGACAUAAUUAUUCUCAUCAUUAGCAUGUUCUUUUUCAUGUUUUGUCAUCCAUGUCUGCAUCACUGUUAAGGCUUCUUCAGAAUGGAGAGGAAAUGUUAAAACAAAUUAUGCAUUUUGUUGUUCCAGUUUACAAACAAGUUGGCACUGAAGUGUAAAAAUGAAGAAUGAGUCUAGAAUCUGUGCUAAUAUACACAUAAACAUCCUGCCCUGUCAUUUGAUUGCAGAUGUCAGGUAGAGAAAUUCUAGCUAUGAUAUUAAAAUUAUAUAUAAUGCUUGAGAUAUUCUGUUUGGGAGAAUGGCCUUCAUAACAAUGAAACACUGUUUUGCUUCUCUGAUGCAAAGCCACCAUGCGUAUAAGCAAUUGUUCACACCAUACAUUUCUUAAAUAACUGUAUGUGUAACUCCACUGUAAAUGUUACAAAUAUUUUUCCGUAAUGUAAACCCCAAUGCUUUACAUUAAUUCUGAUAGAUUUUCAUGAUCUAUAUUAAGAGCCUAUAGAAAAACGACACAGAGUGUACCAGGCAGUAUGCUUAGAGUUCAUCACGUCUUAAUUCAACCAUUUUUUUCACGUAAAAUGUAUGUUGCUGAGUUAUUUUGACCAUCUGUCAUGAUUAAGUUAUUCCUGAGAAUGAGAGUUCAUUUAAGCCGAUGUUGCACAAACUCCCAGAUACCUUUUCGGUAGGAUAGAUGGCACAAGCCAAUAAUUUGUCAAUUAACAGGAUGGACAGCAAAUCAUUAAACUAUGUUCAUCAAUUUUAUAGCUCUUAUUGACUCAUAAGGGGUAAUUGAAUGACAGUAUUUUCACAUUUUACUUAUUUCAACAAUGACACUAUUUCAUCAAAAAGAGUUUAUGAUGUAAUCCUUAGUUCAUGUUAAUUUGGUGAUGCAUGUAGCAGUUUGAAAACUGCAUAAAAUUAUGGAGCUGGUAUUAAUAACUGCCCCUUAAAUUUAGUACACUUCACUAGCAAGGCAUUCGUGCAAGCUUAUGCAUUUAAAGCAUUUAGUGACAGACCUAAAUAUGUAUGGGCAAACAUAAAUCUCGGAAGUUUCCAAAGGGUAAUUCUAACACUAUGUUAAAUUGUUUACUCAGAUAUAAUUAUCAAUUGGUUAAACAGCUGGGAGUGGUGUAGUAUAUUAAUGCUGAGUCUUAUCAGGACCAUUAAUGUGCUAUAUCCUCUUUACCAAAAACAGCUGGUGUUUGCUCUCAAAACAGAGCUAAGUAUCAUGAUUCUUUCCUUCACAGACCACACAAAGCCAAGACACCUGCACACCUUUAUUGGAAAUAUUUCUUAACAGUACACUGUGUGCUAUUUCAUAAUAAGAGGGCUCAGACCUUAUGUUUUAUUUAAAUGGUCUAUGUGUUAAUCACAAUGAAUGAGCAUGUUCAGACAUGAACAGCUUAAACGUAAACAGCCACUGGGCAGACAUACACUGAGAAGUGAAGGCAGACAUUGUUUCUGAUUCAAAGAGGAAUGCUAAGCCAAAAUAUUUUUGUUUUGAACCAUGGGCUAUAUAGCUAUCACAGUAUUCAUUUUGAUGGAAUGUGAAUUGACAUUUACAAAGGUAUAUUUAAACAAUUUACGCAAAUGUUUCAGGAAGAUAAUGGAGUAAAGAAAUUAUAUGAAAAAAAAUACUGAAAGAAUCUUUAUUUUUUUCAGUUGUAUAUAUUUAGAAUCUUUACAUUCUUUGAGUGCAGCUAUACAUUAACAUGCUAAAAAAUUAUUUCCAUUUAUGAAGCCAAACAUAUUCUGUUUACACCAAGACUGGCAUUCUCUUUGUUCCCACAGUGAAUGCAUGAACCAAUACAUUUAGUGGUGAUCAAUGAAUUAAUACUACUGAUGCAGUACAUUGUGAAGACUGUAUUAAAGGGUUUCAGCUAUUUAGCAAAAUGCAUACAACUAAUAGCACACAAAGGACUUACCAGCACAGGUUACCAAGUUUUGCUGCAGAUCACAUUAAAAGUACUAGUCAAUGGACAAGUUUCUUUUUAAAUAUUUUCCUCAGGAAAAGUAUAACAGUUGUGCUCACGUUUGCCAGUAAUGGUGAAAAUGAUUGACUGCUUGCCAGUCUAGAGGUAUGAUGUGCAUUUCUGAAAUAGUAAAAUCGUAUUUAACAAUGUCCUAAAGAUACAACAGUUUCAUAUUUUCCUAUUAACUGCAUCACUGUAUAAUCAUGGGACAAAAUAAAGCAUUGUGUUGUUGGUAA